AUGGCACAUAUCAACGUGACCAAUGAGAUCCAGCAGAAUGUGGAAAACAAUGAACCACAGGAACAGCUGGAAAAUUCUCAAGCCGAACAGAUACGUCAGCUAAGGGAAAUGAAUACCCGAUUGCUGGCAAUCCUGGAAAAGCAGGAACAAAAUAGGGAUAAUGAGGAAGGGAAGUUCUAUAAGAGGCUUGCUGCUCAUAAGCCACGGGGCUAUGACGGCGAAGCGGAUCCGGUAAAAUUUGAAGACUGGAUUGCAUAUAUGGAAAAGCUGCUGGAUGUGUACCAGAAAAGAAUAGGGGUCUAUAACAGCUUUGAGGAUUUGUAUGAUCGAGCCUUAGAACAUGAACGGAUUGAGCAAAAGGAUGAAAACUCGAAAAGAAAGAAGAAGGGGAACGAAAAAUCUGGAGCAGAAAGCAGCAAGAAAAUUAAGACGGAUCCAGCCGGAACGUCCAUGGCCUUAGUCCCUGCUAAAAUAGGGGGAGGGGGAAAGAAGGAGUGGAAGUGUCGGCGUUGUGGAAAAGAUCACUAUGGGAAAAACUGUGAGGGGCAAAGCAUUUGUUUCAAAUGCAUGAAGACGGGGCAUAGAAUCAAGGAGUGUCCCGUUUUAAAUCAAUCAGGAAAUGCUAAAGGUAAUCAGCGACCUGGUGAGGUGUUGCUGCUGAAAGCGGCUGGUGAAUCGAGCUCGGGUCGUAACCAAAAGGAGUAUCGAAAGCGCCUGGGAGAGCAUUUGCCCUUAAGUCUGAGCCAUCUGAGGAGCCAGAGAUUAUAG